CUUGAACGAUACAGGAAUUUAAAAUACGGAAUAAAAGCAGCGCAUGAAGAGUCGCACGGGAAUACUGCGGCUUUGUUUUGUUUGGUUUGGAAUUAUUAUCCUUUUGUUUUAUUUUCAUAAUACUUGUACAGAUACCUCAGUGGUCGAUGAAUUAAAGAGCCCGCCUUUGACUGCUUAAUACAAUGAGUUUUUAAAUUUCCAUAUUGCUCCAUAUGGGAGUGUUCAUUCAUCAAGUGUUAAAGAAUUAAAGAUCAAUACUGUAAAAUACUGGCUUCAGUACUGUAAAAUAACCAAUGGAUUGCAUAAGUCCCAUGCAGAAUAAGAGAAGACACAGUGGAGAGCUGGAGCAGGGGCACAACCAGUCGAAAAGGCUGUGUAAUGGUCUGGGAGGUUGUGGCCGGGUUGAAUACGGUGCGGUGAUGGAAACCCAGAUGGACACGUGGGAUGCCCAAAAUCACAGCCCUCAAAAUGGACACAGCGCCAGCGUCCCCGGCAUGGUGUUACCCACCCCAGGACGCGGAGCAGGACAGUAUUGCCCCAGGUGUAUGGCAGGUGAACCUGGCCAUAUAAACCACAUCAAGAGAUAUUGAUCAGCAUUGCCGAUGACUCCUGGAGAAAAUGAAUCGACUGAAUAAACGGCCGAUGCAGAGAAGCAAUCUGCAGUUUAUCCGUACCGUGUGGGUUUUUUCCCGCAUGCUUUGUGCCUUCCAUGCAUUUUCCAACUGGCCUCACCUAACUACAGUAGUACCUAUUAUUGUUUCGUAGCAGUGAGGUUUACUUUACCAAGAACACUCCGGUGGUAAAAAAAAAGAAAAGGCCAUGAAUGAUGGUUUAGAUCACACUUUUAGUGAAGUGUUUUGAGAUUUUUGCACUGUCCAUUUUUCAGUGUUGCAUGGUCUUGAUUUUCAAGAAGGAAUUACUGCUGUAAAUGCAAUGUUAGCAAACUCUGUGAAACUAUAUGCACAAAUAAUCUCUUUUAUACUAUAUUUCUAAAAAAUGUAAUUAUUAAAUCACUUUCAGGAUUAAAUGUCAUUUCACAUGUAGAUUUUAUUUUUAAGAAUGUUUGUGGUUUCACAUUUCAGUUGCAUUCAGUUUGGUAGUUAAAUGUCCAGAAAUCUAUGUCAGGUUCAUUUUAGUAGAUAUAUUGUCACUGUGUUGUUCUUAUCCCAAAUAGAUUUGUCUUUUGUUUUGUUUUCCUUUGUAGAAGACAUUUCAGUGUAUUCACUGAUUUUAACCUAUUUUGUAUCCUUUAUAAACCAAUCCAGAAUAUUUUGCAUAAAAUCUAAUUUGAUUAAA